AUGUUCACCACCGACGAACCGCUGGAACUGCGCGGUCGAAAGUUCAGUAUCGACCGCAUCGGCCGACGCCGAGUCACAGAUGGCAUCGAAUUGUUCGAGGUGCACUGGUCGAAGACGGAAGUACCACGCUGUCUGAUUACCCGCAACAAAUCCGGAAGUGCUAUCGUACGUUGCGAUGGCAAAGAGUGUGAAGUUCUGUCGCACACCCAACUCCAGAAACAACCUGACGAACUUCGCCUCGUCGACUGGAAACCGUCAUGGCUCAGCCGCGAGGAGCUUCAGCAUUUGGGACAUGAGCCAGAACCAAGCGAUCGCAAGGACGAAGACGGCACGCCAAGCCCCAGGAAGCGCAGGAAACGGGUGGCCGUCCAGGAAGAGUCAUCUGCAGAUUCAAGUACGGCACAGUCCAGCCCUUCCAGGCCUGAGGCGUCUGGAUUGCGGCAAGCCAAGGUCAAAAAGAUGAGAUUCCAGCCCAAGAUCGGAAAGGCGUACACCCAUGGUAUCCGCAAACUUCUUCGGCAAUGUGAUUUUGGGUCGCUACAGGAGCUGGUGGAGAAGCCGACGAAGAACGAGAUUGUAUUCCGUGAUCGGUUUGUGGAGAAGGGGAGUUUCUUCAACGCCCUUGAGAGGAAGUGCAGGCAUGGCGCGAUGCUGCAGCUGGUUGGGGCUGCACAGCUUCGAGAGUGCGCAUACUGCAGCAGAGGCAAUGGACCAUUCGAUAGAUGCGUCGUGCUGCCGGGACUUAACAUGUCGGCUUGUGGGAAUUGCGUGUACGGAGGAGUGGGAAAGAAGUGCAAUUAUCAUGUGAAAACAUACGCCGUCGAUGGGCCUUGGAGCCCCAGGAAAGCGACGCCAUGUGACCAAGUAUUGGACGAGACAGAUACUGUCGGUGCCUUGCCAGACCCACCUCGCCCUCGGUCCAAGUCUCAGAGAGCCAGGACAAGCGGGAUGAGGACAUCCAAACACAUUGAAGAUGACAAGUCGGACAGCGAUGUCUCAGAGUGUGCCGUAUCAGAACAACUUCCCCUUAAGUAUCGAUCUCCGGCAGAGCAAGAGACACCAAGACCAGGCAAGCUGAAGAAACGGAAACGGGAAGUGGCUGGUGUUGUCAUUGGGCGUGAUUUUCAGCCGGCGGCAGAACCCCAAGCAUCGUCCUCUCGACCAGCGACGACCGCAAGGGCGAAUCGCGAGGAGCCUACUGAGCCUCGAGAGGGUACACAUCCAACGACCAGCUCGCCUCAUACGUCUGACUGGCGUACGACGAACUAUCUCACCCCUGGUUUCCGCCACGAAGGAUGUCCCGGUGCACCUUCCCCAUGCCAGCAUUUCCUCGCAGGCUGUCAGAGCCCUGAAUCAGAAGUCCAAGCAGUGGAACGAGGCCGCAUUUUCAAGAGAGGAGAAGCCUCGCCAGAGGAGGUGCGGUGGCUCAUCCGGAGGUCCGACUGCAGCAUGACAGAGUUGAUGAGCCGAGCGUGGCUACAUCGCCUGGGGCAGCGCAAACAGUCGCCGCUGCCGAAAGGGUGCACGAAGGAGUCGUUUCUAUCGCAAUGGCAUCCCGGAAAAAUCAGCCGAGCGGCGGCGUUGUUCGGGACUGGUCGAAGCCAUGCUUGA